CGGAGUGCAGGUGGGCCGAGCGCCGGCGGAAACGACCGAGCGCGCGUUCGGGGGAAAACCGAGCGGCGCUACUCGGCGAGGACUCGACUGUUGUCAGAGUGUUCAGUAAUGCUUCGCAUGGCCAGCUAGAUACACUAGUGUGUGCGUCGGUGACAGUCGCGUUGUCAUCUGUUCGGAGAGUGAUCGUGCGAUGUUACUCGAGGAGCUAACCGGGCUAGAUACCGGCGGCCGACGCGUACGUCGAGCAGUGAAUUUGUCGUGAGACUGUGAAUUUUCCAAAAGAAACAUACGGAGGAAGAAAAAAAAAUAUAUAUAUAUAUAUAUACAUAUAUAUACAUGAGAGAGAAGCGUUGUUAUAACGGACACGUAUAUAUACGGGACACAAGUGAGUGAGACACGGUGCGAAAGACAGAAAGAGAGAACUCGUCGUCGUGUAGUCAGGGCCGAAGGAACUUGGAUUCGUAUCCCGGUCGUUCGUUGACGUUCGUUUGUUUCUUUUCCUCUUUUUUUCUCUCUCUCUCUCUCUCUCUCUCUCUCCGUUUUUCGCGAAAACCAGAGUCACGCGCGGAGAGGAAAUAAAGACGGACCGUCGCGGGUAGCACCGUGUACGGCAGUGCAGCAGCAGCAGCAGCGUACCAAGAUGCUGUCGUCAGUGUCAGCGAAAUAAUAAUGUGGUGCGACGUCAGUCAGCAUAAAACCAAUGAAAGGGAAGAUGUUUUGGGCCUAAAGAGUUGUGCAAUGAUGGGUCUGCAGGCGACGGCAGGAAAACGCAAAUUGGAGGGUGGUGUUGGCUGUGUGGAAUUCCAUAUGGACUUGGGCGAGAGUCCGUCGAAGCUUGGACGCGUGGACGGUAGCUGGUGGGCGAUGGACGACAGUUACGGACCGCCCUUGAACCAGACGUCGACGUCGUAUUACGAGAUGGAGGUGAGCUCACCCUGCCUACAGGCAACGAACCCGUGCCAGCCAGCGGCGACGAGUUCCUCGCAGUCGCAACAGCAACAGCAGCAGCAAUCUCAACAUUCGUCUCAACAACACCAUUCAUCUUCCCAGUCGACGCAGCAGGCGCAACAACAGCAAUCGCAGCAGCAGCAGCAGCAGCAACAAUCGCCGGCGUCGUCCUCAACGUCGGCCUCGUCCACGGUGACGCAGUUGCAUCAUCAACAUUACUAUCAUCACCAGCGCAGCGCCGUCAGUCCGAUCGGCAACAACGGUUACAAUCAGCUAUCGAGAUCUCAGCCGCAAUGGGGCGCGCUUCAUCAUUACGAACCGCCGACGAUACGUCGCGACGAGAACGGCAAGAGUUACUUGGAACUCGGCUCGAGUUAUCGAGCGAACGAGCGAUGCUGCGAAGGCUCCAAGUCGAGCUGGUGCCGGCGCGGUCGAGCCUGCUACCGUCAGCGGCGACUCGCCGUCCUGAAUAUCUCCAUGUGCAAGCUCGCCAGGUACCGCCAGUUCCCGGAUCCAAGCCUCCACAGGUCGGUAUUGAUCUGCAAUACUUUGAGACACCUGGAACGUGAGAUGGAAAGGGACAGGAGUCCACCGCCCAUGGAGCCGGUCAUACCGGCACCGAUAGCUCAGUUGCAACCACCUGAGCAGGGUAGGUUAACACCUUUCCCUGUGCCACCGACGUCGUCGGGCGAAACCGACGUUGAUUCCGGCAUCGGCGACAGCGACGACAGCCGAUCGAUUAACUGGGGCAGCGUGCUAUCCUUGUCAAGCCAAUCGCCGCUCGACCCGCUCAACAACAACGAACUACUGGACGUGGACAUAGCGCCCGAUCUCGAUCUGGACUUUAUGCCCGGGUGGAAACUGACAUCCCUCUCGACGGACGAUAUCCUGAGAAGUACAACGACCCAGGAACAGCAUCAUCAUCACCACCAUCAUCAUCACCAUCACCAUCAUCAGCAUCAUCAGCAGCAGCAACAACAGCAGCAGCAGCAUCUAAUGUCCUCGGGGAGCAGUUGCGGCAGUAGCUGCAGCAACAGCAACGUCGUCGGUAGCACCAGCGUCAACAACGUCGGUAGCAGCAGUAGUACGCACGAGUCGUUGAUGUGCGUAGGAUCAUAGCCCUCGACCUUGACAUCGUUGAGUCAUCUCAUCGAUUUCUAUCCGCUGACGCCGCAGGGCAAGUAGAUCCACGACGACGGCCAGCACGCGAAAAUCCUGCGAAAAAAGUCCCUGGAAGGUGCGCGGGCGAGAGACGGCGAUGAAUACGGCUCACCCUCUCUCUGGAGCGUUCGAAGUCUGGCCGGCGACUCUCGAGGAGUCGCCCUCUCUCUCUCCGCGUUAAUUUAUUAUUGUCGCGUCAAUUACACACAUACACAUUUACAAAUACGGACAGACAAAUACAAUACCGAGAAUAACCUCCUGCGACACUUUCGUUCUUCCUCCGCUCUUUUUACCACCGCUAUUAUAACUGCUACCACCGUGGGCCCUAUUGCUACUACUACUCUACCCUCCCGUGACUAUUUACCACUAUUGUUACGGUUACUCCUACUACUAUCGCUACUCUACUUCUAGUACUACUAUUACUACUAUUACUAAUACUAUUACUAUUAUUACUAUUAUUACACUAUCGCUAAUCAACGUGUCUCCCACAAUAAGUAUCUACUCCCCGAGGGACGGACGCGUCAUGACACGCGGCACAUUCGCAGGUGCAGACAAGACAACAGAACGCUCUGAGAACAUUGAAAAAACCAGGGAAAGAAGGGCAAGCAAGGGCGAUUGUAUGGAGAAGAAUCUUCACUGUUCGCGAAUCGACAGGUGCUGCUACUCGCGUUGAAUAAUCCGAUGUCCCGGCAAGAAAUUCGGACGGUUUUUCGUAUCGGGCUAUCCCGCGUGUAUUGUUUUCUCCGCAGGUGCAAACGCGAUUAACUUAUCUCAAAAUAAUCUCCGCUAUCAGAUUUCAGGAAAUCAUCGGUAAUCGUCAAAUCUCCAAUAAACACGUAAUGAUGAUCCGUGUAAUUCUAUGUUCGACACCUGAUAAAACGCGUAUAUUAGAGGAUUGAAACUCUAUUACGUUGCAUCUGCGAGCUUGAAGAUUCACGUGCGAGUUUUCAGAAAAGCGAUUAAGAUAUACCUAUUGCGCGGAAAAAUUCGAAAGGACGGAAAAAAGAGAGGGAAAGAGAUAAUUUUGGCUAUCGAGUACGAAGAAGCUUUCGCUUCUCCGGGGCCGAAAAACUACGAGAACACUGUGAUCAAAGUCUUUCGGCUCGGGGAGUUUCUGCUCCCUUUUCUGUGCGACUUCUCCCUCUUCGUAAGUUAUAUUCUGAAAUUGCCGAGGAAGACCGUCCGGGAGAGAUCUUUUUUCACGAAAUGACGUUCAACAUCGGAGUCUGCGACUCUAGAACGCGAAUGUGAUCAAUCGAUGAUAACAUCGAUGAUACACCAUCCGCGCUAACACAACCAUGCAACCAUGUACACUCAUUCUCACACACAUAGUAUAUAUAAUAUAUACGACCGCCGUGGCCUAUAUUAUACGCACGACGCACGAAGAGACACGCGCGAGUGCAAGUGCACACACACACACACACACACACAAAAGUCAUAUGGUGCUACAGGGCGGCUGUAGCUUGGUGCUUCUUUUUUCUCUAGGACAGACGAACACGCAUACACACGUACAUUCAUACCUCAAUUAAGCCGAACGCAUACCGAAUUCGCAUGGAUCGCUCCGUCGCUCGGGGUCGUCGUGACGCGUCCUACCGUCGUAAACGUGAUACGAUGUAAAUCGGAGAUGUCGGCGUCUCGAUCGAGAAACUGGUCGCAUCAUAAUGUUUUGAGCAUAAUUCUUUAUCUCGCGCAAUGCCGCAGACGAAUCGUCAAAAAGUAUCUGUUAGGUCUCGUCAAAAUUGUUGAACCAAGAUAGGUAGAUAGAUAGGUUGAUGCGACUCAGUCUCGAUUGUUUACGCGUUAUGAGAAUGAGGAUGGUGAAAGAAAGGGUUUUAAAUACUUGCGUUGGAACUAUAUAUAUAUAUAUAUAUAUAUAUAUAUAUAUAUAUAUAUAUAUAUAUGUAUGUUUGGGCUGUGCAAUAGAAUGCAUGUUUUUAACGCUAGUGAGUGUCAUCGUGAGAAGCAUUGUCGGGAACAAAAAUUAUUUUCAUACAGCGAUUAUACGAAAUAUCGUCUUACGAAUACUACCUUGAUUUUUAAUAUUCUAAGAGAUGCACACAUAUAUGUAUAUAUAAAUAUAUCU